UUUUUCAGAAACGGCAAAGAGAGGCUCAAUGCAUCUAGCCCUAGUUCUCUCUAGAAUCACUGUGAUUUGAGAAUAAAGCUUGGAGGACUGAUCGGAGCCGCUGGAACUGGAGGUGAAGCAAGGAACAGCCGGCACCGGAAAUUGUCUCCCGAUUAUGUUCUUCUUCUCCAAGCAGCUUGGCUCUUCAAUCUAAGGUUAUUCAGAAUUUGGGCUGAAUGGAGGCAAACUGCGUGAUCGUAGAGCUUCAGAGGAAUUCAACUGAUUGGACAAGAGUAGUUGAUGAGAUAGUUAGAAUAGAGAAGAGGGUGUUCCCCAAGCACGAAUCUCUCGCUCGAUCCUUUGAUGACGAGCUGAAGAAGAGAAACGCAGGAUUGCUUUACUCUCAUGUGGACGGCGAUGUUUCUGGAUAUGUCAUGUAUUCCUGGCCUACUUCACUUUCCUCUUCAAUCACCAAGCUGGCAGUGAAGGAAAAUUACAGAGGGAAAGGAGUGGGAGAGAGUCUAUUGAAAGAAGCAAUAAAGAAAUGCAGAAGUAGAAAAGUACAAAGGGUAUGUCUUCAUGUUGAUCCUUGUAGAAUUCCGGCCAUGGCUUUGUACAAGAAGUGCGGUUUUCAGACGGAUCAUCUCAUUGAAAGCUACUAUUCGAAGGGAAGAGAUGCAUAUAGAAUGUAUUUGGAUUUUGAAUGCGACUGACUAAUGUCAAUCGCACGAUGUUAUUUGAGUAAUUGAGUCGUUAUUUUUAAACAAAAGAUUCAAAAAUGCUUGAUUUACCUAUAAAUAUCUCGAGAUGUAUUUGUUAGGAGAAAGACAUAUUUUUUGUCGUUAUCAUUUUGUCCCUUCUUCAUAUCUUU